UCACCUCUUCGUCAACUUUUCUAUUCUCUUCUUCUAUGUUUUGGAGGAGGAGUUAUUCUUACCUCUUGCCUCACUCAUAUGCUCCCCGAUGUUAGAGAGAUUUAUCUUAUCGCCUCUUCUACCGGAGCUUUUCCUAAUUCAGGGAUGGAUGUUCCAGAGAUAUUAGUCCUUGCAGGGUUUUUGAUGAUUUAUAUGAUUGAGGAAGUAGCCCAUGGUAUUCUUGAACAUUUUGGAAUAAUCUCAAGUCAUCAUGAUGAUCAUGAACUUGAACAUGAGAAGCAUGAUAAAGAGAAGGAAGGAGCAGGAGGAGGACAUGGACAUUCUCAUGAAUUUAAUGCUUCAUCUGAUACCAUUCAGGAUGCAGCCCGAGGUUUCCUUGUAAUCCUAGCUUUGUGUAUCCAUGAUCUUUUUGAGGGCAUUGCUCUUGGUGUUUCCAGGAAAGAAUCUGCUGUAUGGUUUCUUCUCUUGGCCUUUGCUUCACACAAAUGGGUGAUUGCAGGCUGCCUAGGAAUGAAGUGGUCUAGCUCUGCAUUGAAACCUCUAGUCUCUGUUCUUUAUAUGACAACAUUCUGUGUGGUUUCUCCAAUUGGAAUAAUUGUUGGAAUGCUUCUAACCUCCCCUGGCCAGGAAAGCAAUAUGAUGAACGGUACCCUGAUAAUCCUGCAAGGUAUUGCAACAGGAAGUUUAAUGUAUGUCGUCUUCUUUGAGAUUUUGGAGAAGGAACGACAAAAACCAGUUUCAGGGAUUUUGCAGGCCUUGGCGUUUUCUGGUGGAUAUAUAUUUAUGGUUCUUCUUGGACUAGCAGAAGUACAAUCGUCGGCCGAGGAGGUUGGAUUAAACGCUACAGAGUCCGCCAUGGUGAACCUUACAAGUGCAUUUCUUUAAAUAGAAAAUUUACCCCAAACAAAUAUUUUAUCAUUUCCGGUCUCUUAAUCAGCAAAUAUGAAACUUAUCAUUCAAAAGUUCAGCAAGCUCUGACUUUCGAGCAGAAUUUGACCAUUUAUUGGACUAAGAAUUAACACAGUCAAUGUAAGUCAAUGUAUGGUGGUAGGCAAUUUUAUCAUUAUGGUAAAGACGACUUUUUAUUCUUGUUUUAAUUGUUAAAACGCUUUUUUAAUCGCAGUUUUACAAGUCAUAUAAGAGAAGUUGUUUAAUUGACACAUUCUCUUGGUUUCCAUUUUUUAUGUAUCCAUGCUCUUUAAAAGUUUAUAUAAAUUUAAAAUUUCAACCUAAAAUCGUCUUCAUUAUAUUGAUAAAAACGUCUACCACUGAACAAUUUCAGGUUAUGUAGUCGAAUGUAAUUCACGAAUUUGUAUCAAUUUUCUCAUUUGUCAGUCUCAUUCAUUCUGAAAUUUUAAACUCUUCCUUUAUAAUCUAUAAAAACUCAUAUAACAGUCUUUCAUAGCUAUCAUCACAUUUCUGAAGAAAGAUAAAUGUAAAUAUUUAAACGUGAUAUGAAAUGAUAUUAAAAAUUAUGUUUAACUUGUACUCAACAGUAGUUUUUGAUAAUAUGUAAAAAUCAGACAUGGUAAAUUAUUCUUAAAUGUUUUUAUUUAUCAAUAACUUUGAUAUUGAUAUUUUCAAAAUUCAAUAAAAGAAUUAUAGAUUGCUUUGUACAUUUUAGCAUAGAUUUAAAAAAAUACAAAUAGAACACUAGAUGUCGUCUUUUCAAGGUUUAGAGGUUUUUCGUUCACAAUAACCCUGAGGCAGAAGCCCUAGGGAGUUACGCGCGUACUCUCUCUCUCUUAUCAUUAAGUGCAGCAUGCGCUUAACUCCUUUGGGCUUCAGCCUCAGGGUUAUUGUGAACGAAAAACCCCAUAAUCUUGAGAAGACUACAUCUAGUGUUCUAUCUGUAUUGUUAUUAAUCUAUGGUAUUGGGGAAUUGUUUUUUUUCUCUUCAAACCCGGUGAAAAAAUGUGAUAUUAUCUGUCCUGUGAAAUUAUCUAUAAAAUAAAUUUAUGUAAUAUGUAAUAUAAUUAUGAUUGGUGUAAACUUUUUUGAUAAAUAAAAAG